AUGCUGAGCUGUAAACUGCUACUACUAGUGGUAGUUGCUGCUGCUGCUGCUGCUGCUGCUGCUGGAGCUGCUGUUUCCAUGGCAAGCUCAGCCUGGCGCGCCGUCGCACCACCUCCGCUGAUGCGCGGCGUGGCUCUUCCUGCGUGGCUCAAGCGGCGCGUGACCUUCUACCGCCUGCACAUGCUGUGCUUCGUUAUAGUCAUCCUCGCUUUCACGCUCGUCUUCUGCGUGGCGCCGAGCGGGCCAGCAGGGAAGAUCAGCUUCAUAGACGCGCUCUUCAAUGUGACGUCGUGUGUGUGCCUGGCGGGACUCAUCACCGUCGACGUGGGGGUCUUUACUGACGGGACUAAUGUCGCUCGCCUCCUCCUCAUGUUCAUGGGCUCCCAGGUGGUGACGUCCCUGGUGCCUGUCCUGGUGCGGCGAUAUUACUUCCACCGCUACCUCGCCCGCGCUGGCCUGCUCCAAACCCAGCCCUCCGCCUCCAACUAUGACCUUAAAGCCUCUCACACUGCAGCCUCCGCCUCUCAGGCAGCGCAGCAUGGUGCAGGGGGCGAAGGAGGAGAUGGAGGAGGAGGAGAAGGAGGGGAUGGAGGAGGAGGGAACAUGUCAGGGAACAACGGAGCCUGGAUUGAAGGGCAGCGCCUGCGAUUGGCGCUUGAGGCGCUUAGGUCACAGCAGCAGCAGCAGCCACAGCAGGAGGAGCAGGAGGCGGCAGCUACCAGGCGUUCCUCCCUAGACCUGUUCACCUCAAGGCUACCGCGUGCUACAUCUCUCAACCAAUCCGCGUUACGAGCACACUCCCUACCACACGCCCCUGCGCUCUUGCCAUUCCUGGGGGGUCUAGAGCACAGGGCAAGGCAGAGGAGGAGCGGGAGGUUGAGCCGCGAAAGCAGUGUGACGGGCACAAGCCUUGAGGGGGAUCUGGAAUUCGCUGAUAUCGCUGAUGCUGAUGCUGAUGGUUACGGGUUUGCUGAUGGUUAUGCGGAUGCGAUGGUGGAUGAAUGGCUGACGGCAGCACAGCCAAGUGAACUCAGAUUCCUCGAGCUCAGGGCACUGGAGACAUUAAGCUGGCUGGUGCCAGCAUUCCUCGCCACAUCGCUGCUCACCGCCUUCCUCCUGCUGCUGCUCAUCGUCAGCAUCUCUGCCUCCGCCAAGGCAAAUCUGCAGGCCAACAGCGUCAACAGCGUCUUCUUCUGUGCCUUCCAUGCAAUGUCGACGUUUUCCAACACGGGAGCGGCACUGCUGAACGAUAACCUAAUGGGGUUUGUGAGGGCCCCAGCCCUGAUCAUCGUGACGUCACUCUUCAUUCUCAUUGGCAAUACCAUGUACCCGCCCACGCUGCGAGCCCUCCUGCUUCUGCUCCGGCGCUUUUCACGGGGAGACAAAAGGUUCGUCUACUCCUACCUCCUGGUACACCCGCGCAAGUGCUACACGCACCUCUUCCCACCGCGCUCCACCAUGAUGCUGGUGCUCACAGUGCUGGCCUUCAAUCUCACGGAGUUUGUCUUCUUCUGUGCCACCGACUGGACCUCGCCUGCCCUUGAUGGCUUUGCCAGCGGGACCAAGGUACUAGCAGGAUACUUUCAGUCUGUGAGCACACGCAACGCAGGAUUCAACGUCAUUGCCAUUGGCCUCCUGCGCCCCCCUAUGCUGCUGCUGUACCUGGGCAUGAUGUACGUCGCUGUGUAUCCACUUUACCUGACGAGGCAGACGUCGAGGGAGCAGCGGGAGGUGUAUGACGACGAGGAUAUCGGGGUUUUCUGGGAGGACUUGCAGGGUGGAGUGCUGGAUCACGGGGUGUUCACCCAGGGCAGAGGGCUGCUCCUGCGGGAUUCAGCAUUGCUCUUCAUAGCGCUGCUGGUGAUCUGCCUCAUAGAGAGCGCCAACAUCACCAACGACAUCUCCAACUUCAACAUUUUCAAUAUCGCCUUUGAGCUCAUCAGUGGGUAUGGCAACGUGGGCCUCUCCUUGGGCUACACCUGUCCGCCUGAAGCUGGUCCCGACUGUGUCUCUCCUCCGUAUAGCUUCUCUGGCGUCUGGAAUCCUUGGUCAAAGCUGGUGCUGGUGCUCGUGAUGCUGCUGGGCCGGCACAGGGGUCUGCCUGACAACAUUGACGCUGCCAUAUCCAUCCCCAACCGCAACCAGGGCUUGCCUGAGAAUAUCGAUGCUGCCAUCUCCAUCCCCAACCUCAACCAGUUCAUCCCUGCAUCACCUGCUGUGUUUUGA